AUGGAAGGCGAGUUAAAACCAUUUAAGGUAAAGGCAUUACAGAUAAUAGGUCAACCCGCAUUACAGACACACUACACUGCUGGCGACGAAUUGGUCGUCAUAGAUCUGUUGGACCGGUUCAGUCAUCUUGGCAAGCUUUUGCGCACUGCUGCAUACAUAUUGCGUUGCAAAAAGGCACAUCAGCGUUUUCGUUCGCAUACACACAUCUGUACAGGCAAAAUGGACAUGGCUUUAAAUCAUCACAUCAAGGCAGAACAAGCGAAAUAUUUCGGAGCGGAAAUCAAGCAGCUGAAAAAGGCACAGCCCAUAUCCACAUCCAGCAAGCUCAUUGCACUGAAUCCAUUCAUCAACUCCACAGCGGACAAUAUAUUGCGAGUAGGCGAACGCCUACAUAAUGCGAGGGUGGCAGAGCCACAGCGUCAUCCAAUCAUUCUUCCGAAGGAUAGCACAUUGACCAGGCUUUUAAUAUGGCAGGUGCAUCAGGACACACUUCAUGGCGGUAUACAAAUUAUGUUUCAUACGAUUCGACACAAAUAUUGGCUUCUACAGGCACGCAUUUUGGUCAAGCAAUGCAUACCCUCAUGCGCGAUUUGCAGGCGGCAAAAACACAUAAUGCUAAAACAACGUAUGGCGACAUUACCAAAGGCUCGGGUCACCCCAUCUCCACCAUUUGCAAGAUCUGGCUUAGACUAUUGCGGUCCAUUCAACAUACGCAUUGCCUCCAAGGCUGUACGAACCGUGCGGAAGGCUUACGUGACAAUCCUUGUGUGCAUGGUAACCAAGGCAGCGCACAUCAAACUGGCUCAAGAUCUCACUUCUGAGGCAUUCAUAAAUGCAUACACCCGUUUCGUAAACCGGCGUGGUCCAUGUAAUCAUUUAUACAGUGACAAUGGCACUACAUUCAUUGGCUUACAGGCUUGGCAUAAUGAAUAUUCUCAACAGGAAUUGGCAAAUCGAGGCACAAAAUGGCAUUUUCUACCACCUGGCGCACCUCAUCAAGGCGGUCUAUGGGAAGCUGCCGUUAAGUCAGCAAAAAAGCACUUACUACGCAUUGUUGGCACCCAUUCCAUUUACUAUGAUCAGCUACAUACUGUACUUGUACAUAUCGAGGCUUGCUUGAAUUCACGUCCACUUAUACCAUUGCAUAACACUUGUGACGACAAGAUGGCUCUAUCACCUGCAGAUUUCCUAAUUGGCAAGGUACCUAGCAAGAAAUUAUCAUACUCGCGAAAGAUAUGCAGGCUUGUGGAGCAUCCUGAACGUACCCGUCCAGCCGGGGAGGAUGUUUGA